AUACUCGAUCCCUUUUGGCACCGAGAGUGGAAGACCAAUAGGGAGCGACUGGGAAGGUCAGGAAGCGGCGGGUUCGAUCCACAGUUAGGCUCUCAUCAGCUAGGCGUUUGUGGAGCCUGUUCUCUCAUACGGUGAGUCCAGCUAUUCUAUAUACCUUCCAGGGAUCUUGCUAUCCCAACCCCGUCUUUCGAUGAUGAUCAAAAUUUGCGUUUGAGCGCCAAACUGGCGUAUGAAAACUCUUACAUGCCUAAACUACAACGGUCUGAUAUCAAAUCCAACUCGCCCGAUUUCCUCACUGCUCGAACAACAAUCGCUAUGCUGACAAUGGAAACCACAGCGAUUACUGUACUGUCCUUACCGAACUCAGCAUGAGCAACGAGCCCCGGGAAAAUCUCUUUCCCUCCGUUGGAGACAUCGCAUCGAGGACUGAAGCCCUUCCCGAACCUGAAGACGAUGAUGUCCGGCUAGGGGAAGAUGCACCUGCUCGCGUGGAGCAAGAGGAAGGCGAGGAGCGAGAGAUGCAAGAAGUGGAGAGCUUGUGCAUGCGUUGUCACGAUCAAGGAGUCACGCGUCUCCUGCUCACUUCUAUUCCUUACUUCAAGGAGAUUGUUAUCUCGUCUUUCCGAUGCGACCAUUGCGGGCAUCGGGAUACCGAGAUCCAGAGUGCUGGAGAGAUUCAGCCUAAGGGCGUAAACUUUGCUGUCCACCUUUUACAUCGAACCGAUCUUGACCGGCAAAUUGUCAAAUCCUCAUUCGCUACUGUCACCAUACCCGAAGUCCAGCUCACCAUUCCGCCGGGGCGAGGACAAUUGACCACCGUCGAGGGCCUCAUCAGGGAUACCGUCCGUGACCUCAACAUGAGCCAGCCGGUUCGACGGGUCAUGGAUCCACCUACAGCGACCAAGAUCGACGAGAUGCUUGCCACGCUGAGGGAUUACAUUGGCAUCGAGGAAGGUGAGGAGGACGACGACGGCGGUGUAGGCAGGGACGAUGAUGAGGAGCGCAAAAUCACACAACAUGCCGACGAUAAAGAGGCAGUCGAGAAGCCAUUCAAGCCAUUCUCCAUGUCUCUGGAUGAUCCAUCCGGCAAUUCGUUUUUCCAAUUCGUCGGAGCGGCCAGCGAUCCUCAAUGGAACAUGCGAGCCUACAGCCGGACUCUGGAACAGAACGUCGAGCUUGGACUUGUUCAGCGUCCAGAGAACAUGUCAGACGAGAAGGAGAAGGCGUCACAGCCGAUUAUACCCGAUGAUCACAAGUUGCAGAGUUUGCAGGAAGUGCAACAGAGGUUGAACCCGAUGCUCAACAAGCUCGGCGAGGGUGCCAACGGAGUGGUCCCAGACGAGAUUUUCAGCUUCCCAAGUACAUGCUCAAGCUGUGGUCAUGAGCUCGAAACUUUGAUGCAGCAGGUCAACAUUCCCUACUUUCAGAAUAUUAUCAUCAUGGCUACAAACUGCUUUGCUUGUGGAUACAGAGACAACGAGGUGAAAUCCAGUGGUGCUGUGUCAGAUAUGGGCAAGAAGAUCACGCUGAAAGUGGAGGAUGAAGAGGAUUUGUCAAGAGAUAUGCUCAAGUCGGACACAGCUGGUCUUGAGAUCCCGGAGAUCGACCUCGUCUUGCAGCCUGGAACACUUGGGGGAAGAUUCACCACGCUGGAAGGACUGCUCAACGAAAUAUACAACGAGUUGUCCACAAAAGUGUUCAGGACUGGAGAUUCGACCACCUCCGGCAUCGGCCAGCAAGGCAUGUCAGCUGUUGGUUCUGACGAGAGAAAGUUUGAAGAUUUCUUAAAAGGCUUGAAGGACUGCAUGUCGGCGGCUAAGCCUUUCACUAUCAUUCUUGACGACCCGAUGAGCAACUCGUACCUCCAGAAUCUAUACGCUCCGGAUCCAGAUCCAAACAUGAUCACAGAGGAAUACACACGGACGCACGAGCAGAAUGAAGAAUUGGGACUGAACGAUAUUGUAUUGGAAGGCUAUGAGCAGCCGGAGGAUGUCAAGGGGGACGAGUAGAUCAAAGUCGACAGUCAGUGAAACACAGAACCAUGUAGAAAAGUCAGAAAAGACAGUCAUUGUACAAAGGUUUCUUCUUGUAGCACCAGUUGCACACUCCUUGCAUAGCGACAACAAUUGCAU